AUGGCAGGCAGCCCAGGACCCAUUCAAAGCGAUGGGCAUCAUGAGAAAAAGAACCUAGACAAAGCAAUUGUCAGUGAUGCCACUGCCACGGCCACCUGCACUGAUGAGGAGUCGGGGACACCUCCGACUCCUUCCCAGUCAGCACUUCAAAGAUGGAAUGAGUCUAAGGAAAACAUGUUUCGUUUCUUUUGUACACUGUACUGCUUCAUUCGCAUGGGAAUGACAGACGGUGCUAUAGGUGCCCUACUUCCAUACAUCGAAACGCACUACUCCAUCUCCUAUACCCUCGUGUCCCUUGUCUUCUUCGUCCCCUUUAUAGGCUAUCUCCUCGCCGCCCUAAGCAACCAUCGUAUUCACCACCAUUUCGGCCAACGCGGCAUUGCCAUCCUCGCUCCCCUUUGCCGCUUAGCCAGCUUCAUCCCCCUCGCCUUUCAUCCCCCUUACCCCGCCGUGCCCAUCAUUCUCCUCCUCUCCGGCUAUGGCAACGGCCUCGAAGACUCCGCAUGGAACGCCUGGAUCGGCAACAUGCAACGCGCGAACGAGCUCCUAGGCUUCCUCCAUGGCGCCUACGGCCUUGGCGCGACCAUCGGUCCGCUUGCUGCCACUGCCAUGCGCCGCACCACCCGCCUUGCCCUAACAAACCCCAUCACCUGGACCAUCGCCAUCUUUCUCCUAGCCUACGUCGGCGCUGAAGUCUCCCUCGGCGGCUGGAUCACGACCUUUAUGCUGCGCGCCCGCUCAGCACCCCCCUUCCUUGCCGGCCUAACCGCAACCCUCUUCUGGCUAGGCCUAACCCUAGGCCGUGUAGUCCUUGGCUUCGUGACCGGCCGAAUGGGCGAAAAACCCGCCAUCACGCUGUAUCUACUCCUUUGCGUCGCGUUUGAGCUAGGCUACUGGCUUGUCCCACACUUCGCGGCCGCCGCCGUGUUCGUGACCAGUCUUGGGUUCUUCCUUGGCCCAUUAUUCCCCGCCGCGAUAGUUGCUGCGGCAAAGUUGCUCCCUAGCGAGCUGCACGUGUCGGCGAUUGGGUUUGCAGCGGCGUUUGGCGGGGGCGGGGCAGCGGUCUUUCCGUUUGCGGUAGGAGCUAUUGCGCAGAAGAAGGGGGUUGAGGUGUUGCAGCCAGUUGUGUUGGGAGUGUUGGUGUUCAUUUUGGGGGUGUGGGUUAUGUUGCCCGGGGGGUUUAGGAAGGGCGGGUUGGAGAGGGCUAGGGAGAGGGGGGAAGGUGUUGGGGGGGAUUGGGUGAGAGCUUGGAGGGAGAUGAAGAGCUUGGGGGGAUUGAGUGGGAAGUAA